AUGGAAAACCAACCCCAAUCAUCAAAUGCUUCUGAAGUAGAUGUUCCUCUUCAUUCAAUUGGAUUUGAGAUUCAAGAUUUGUCUCCACAAAGGGUAUCUGGCCAUCUUCAUGUUACACAAAAGUGCUGCCAGCCAUUCAAGGUGUUGCAUGGAGGGGUGUCAGCAUUGAUGGCAGAGGCUCUGGCAAGCAUAGGAGCACACAUGGCUUGUGGUUACCAAAGAGUGGCUGGGAUCCAGCUCAGCAUCAACCAUUUGAAGAGUGCUAUGCUUGGUGACUUGGUUUAUGCUGAAGCCACCCCUGUAAACGUUGGCAAAACCAUUCAGGUAUGGGAGGUGAGAAUGUGGAAGCUUGAUCCUUCAAACAAACAAAAGAAAUAUCUGACAUCAUCAUCAAGGGUUACCAUACUCUGCAAUAUGCCUGUCCCAGAUAAUGCAAAAGACGCAGGGGACAAACUCAGGAAGCAUGCUAGGCUGUGA